AUGGACGAGAACAACGACACACACAAUGCUAUCAGCGCCUACUUCAUCGGCCCUCGAGCCGAAAACCUCGACAACUUCCAUGGGAAUGUCACGAAGAUACUCCAGCAGCUCAAGAAGGCGAGAAUCCGGUAUGCGGACAGCAAUGGCGACACAGACUACAUCACUGCUGGAAACAAAGAGUCCGAACAGUACAAGCGCAUCACUGACAGGUUCGAGAAAGCCGUGCACAACACGGCCAAUCUGCUUGGCAAGCACUCGAUACCGUUUUGGUCCCCACGCUACCAGGCGCACAUGGGGACCGAUUUGACCAUGCCGUCGUUGCUAGGAUACUUCAUGGCCUCCAUCUACAACAGCAACAAUGUUGCCAUCGAGGCAUCCCCGCUCACUACUGUAGCUGAGAUCGAAGUUGGCGAGCAACUUUGCACCAUGUUCGGCUACAACAAUGACGAGAAGAAAGAAGGUGAGCCUUUAGGAUGGGGCCAUAUCACAUGCGACGGCACUGUGGCGAAUCUUGAGAGUAUUUGGGUUGCACGCAACCUCAAGUUCUACCCUCUCUCGCUCAAGUGGGCAAUGGAGGAAGGGAAUCCUCUUGCCUUCGUUCCCAAGAACUUUACCGUGAGAACCUGCCAGAAUGAACUGAAAGAAUUCCGCGAACUGUCGCUUUGGGAGCUGCUCAACCUCAAGCCGAAGACGAUUCUCGAUAUCCCCGAGCAGCUUCAUGUGAAACACCAGAUCACGCCAUCAUUUCUGCAGGGGGCACUGAAUGAUUUCAACAUUCAGACGCGUGGUAAGGACGCACUAGAGCAGCACUUCGGCAUUGACAGUGAGAGUUGUGCUCCGACCAUAAUGGUGUCCUCGACGCGCCACUACUCCUGGCCCAAAGGAGGAGCGGUCGCGGGAAUCGGUUCAAAAAACAUUGUCGGCAUCAAGGUUGACAAGGCUGCACGUGUGGACCUCAGCGAUCUCGAGGACAGGCUCAAUCAGCAGCUUGAGGCCAAGCGCCCUGUCUACGCCGUCGUUGCAAUCAUCGGCUCAACUGAAGAGGGCGCCGUGGAUCCGCUCCAGAAGAUCCUUCAGCUACGCCAAAAGUUCCAGACCAAGGGUCUGUCAUUCCUCGUACACGCCGAUGCUGCUUGGGGUGGCUACUUUGCAACGAUGCUGUGCAAGGGCAAGGAGUUCAAGCCAGCGGAUACCCAACCCUCGAAGAAGCCAAAGGCCCCCAGCAGUGAUGAUGAAAUAGUGACCAUCCAGGAGAUCGAGGUCGGUGAGGAAACAGAUCUGGAUGAACUGGACUUCGAAUCUGCUUCUGAGUACGUCGAUAGCGACGUAGACGAGCUGCUAGACACCCGAGCGGGCCGUGAGCCCGACGAUGAUGGCUUCGUACCUGGUCUCAGCCUGCGAGUCGAAACACAGCGCGACUUGGCUGCGCUGCGCUACUGUGAUUCCAUCACCGUCGACCCACACAAAGCUGGAUACAUCCCGUACCCAGCCGGGGCACUCGCUUAUCGUGAUGGGAGGUUGCGGUUUUUGGUUACUUGGACAAGUCCAUAUCUCUCCCGUGGAUCAGUCACCAGCAUUGGAAUAUACGGUGUUGAGGGAAGCAAGCCUGGAGCAUCUGCCGUGUCAACCUGGCUAUCCAAUAAGUGUAUCGGUCUUCAUGACCAGGGGUACGGAGCUCUUCUGGCCGAAGCAUGCUUCACAUCUUCUAUGUUCUCAGCACUAUGGGCAGCCGUGGAUGUCGGCAGAAGCAGUUUCAUGUGUGUCCCGUUCAAUGAAUUUCCGUCGGAGACGACUGCAGGAGUGAACCCUCAAUUUGAGAAAACCAUUAUCCGCAAACAGAUUCUCGACAAGACAGACUCCAAGGAAUUCGUCAAGAACCCAGAACUAAUGAAACUGCUCCGCGCACUCGGAUCUGAUUUGAAUAUCAACGCUUUCGCACUGAAUUGGAAGUACGAAGAUGGCACAGCCAACACGGAUGUCGAAGAGGCAAACUACCUGAUGACUCGGGUAGUCAGGAGGCUUUCAAUCGAGGACCCCAAUGACAAGCCCACCAAGAUCAACUUCUAUUUGACUUCGACGCAGUUUGAACAUGAGUUGUAUGGGGACUGUGCAAAACAUUUCAAGGAACGGCUUCAAUUGGACUCGACUACAAAUGCAAGCCUGAUGGUUUUGCGAAAUGUCGUCAUGAGCCCCUUUGCCACAGUCAAGGGCACGCUCAGCAAGGCAGAAGCAGCCUUCUGUGAAGUCGUAGAGGAUGAAGUCAAGAAAUGUAGAGAAAGGAACAGCGAUGUUCCAGACUACCAUUCCUUCCUCAUACAUGGGCAGCAGUCGAUCUGCCUGUCCUACCGCACCAUGUUCCACAUCGGCAGUCAUCGGCGCCAAGUCAUUCUCGCUGUCGACCUCGACGCUGACGGACUUGAAGGCUAUCGUACCGCGAAGGGGAAAACUGAAGACUUUCUUGUUCUCAAGUCUGCUGAGAAAAUCCCCCUCACCACCCUUCUCGAAAGGGCCAAAGACAGCAAGCCAACGUUUCUGGGCAACCUCACGACCAAAUCCAAUUGUUUCCACAGCGGCAUCCUGCAAUCAAACAUCACAGUCACCAUCACAUCCGUCAUCAUCAACCGCCCCCUCGACGCGCGCGCCCACGAUGACGGUUAUCCAUCCGGCCGCAUGCCCUUCUAUCUCUACGCCAACAACAGCGACGAGCUGCACAUCGACCACCUCUUCACGCGAUGCGAGAACAUCGCGCUCAGCGCCGGCAGCGUCGGGCUAAACGGCGGCAUCGACGUGCGCGGCUUCCUCAAGCCCGACGCCAACAGCGAGGCUAGCAACAACACAAACAACGCUGCCGCUCUCAUCGCCACAUUUGAAGAGAAACACGAGGCCGCGAUGCAGCCGUUUCCGGCGACGAACGCGGCGCUGCUGAAAGACCCGGAUUUCUUUUUCCGGUCCGGAGCGAAGUUUGCGGUCAAGCUCUGGCGCGAUCCGCGGAAGAGUGACGUAAGGACGCGGGGGCUUCUAGAGCAAUUGGAGAAGGAGAGCGACAAGUUGCUGCUAGGCCAGGGUACGUUGACACUUGGCGAUGAUGUUGUGGCGGAUGUGGAGAAGCUGAAUCGCGAUCCUUCGGCCGUGCCGAAGGAGGUCACGGUUGCGCGGUGGCGGGACAGGUUUAGGAAGAUUGGGAAGGACAAGAAGAUCAAGGAGAAGAAGGAGAAGAAGUAA